AUGGGCCAAGGGAGAGCCGUCGCGUUGCUGCUUCUCCUAUCUGUUCUGUGGGUCUCCUGCAGAGACGCCGCGGAAGCUGAGGAGGGCGGCGGCGCCGCCGUGGAGAUGUUCGAGCGGUGGAUGGAGAGGCACCGCAAGGUGUACGCCCACCCGGAGGAGAAGGCCCGGCGGUACGGCAACUUCGUCAGGAACCUCGAGUUCGUGAGGCGGCGGAACGAGGCCAGAGCGGCGGCGGCAGGCUCGCCUGGGCACGCCGUGGGGCUGAACGUGUUUGCAGACCUGAGCAACGAGGAGUUCAAGGAGAUGUACUCCUCGAGGGCGUUGAGGACGGCCAUCCAGGAGAGGAGGUCGAGGAAGCGGCUGGUGGAGAAGGUCGCCGGCGAGGCGGCGGCGUGCGAGGCGCCGACUUCCCUGGACUGGAGGAACAGGGGCGCCGUCACCGCGGUGAAGGACCAGGGCCAGUGCGGUAACGCGAUUCUCCGCUGAUCACCUGCUGGUUUUUUCCGAGUCCUGGGGAAAGGAGAUCUAGAAAUGGUGAUCUGCAGGGAGCUGCUGGGCGUUCUCCUCCACCGGAGCCAUGGAGGGGAUCAACGCCAUCACCACCGGGGACCUCGUCAGCCUCUCCGAGCAGGAGCUCGUCGACUGCGACGCCACCAACGAUGGCUGCCAAGGCGGGUACAUGGACUACGCCUUCGAGUGGGUCAUCAACAAUGGCGGAAUCGACUCCGAGACCAACUAUCCUUACACAGGCGUGGACGGCGUCUGCAACACCACCAAGGUCUCUCUCUCUUUCUCUCCCUCUCUCUCUCUCUCUCUCUCUCUCUCUCUCUCUCUAACUGUGUUCUAAUGGCCUCAGGAAGAGAUGAAGGUGGUGUCGAUCGACGGGUACGAGGACGUCGCCGCCAACGGGGAAGCACUCCUCUGCGCUGUCCUCCAGCAGCCGGUCAGCGUGGGGAUCGACGGAUCAUCAUUGGACUUCCAGCUGUACACCGGAGUAAGAUCUUGGAGCUCGUAUCCCAGGAAUUCGGGCGAAAUGAUCGAACUUUUCAACGAGAUGGGCUGACUUUUUGAAUAAUCAUGGAACACUCAGGGAAUCUACGACGGCGACUGCUCGGACAAUCCGGACGACAUCGACCACGCGGUGCUGAUCGUCGGCUACGGGGAGCAGGGAGGAGAAGACUACUGGAUCGUGAAGAACUCGUGGGGCACGAGCUGGGGCAUCCUUGGUUACAUAUACAUCAAGAGGAACACCGAGCUGCCCUACGGCGUCUGCGCCAUCGACGCCAUGGCCUCCUACCCCACCAAGAAUUCGGGAUCCGCCUCCCCACCGUCGCCGGCGGUGAUGCCGCCACCUCCUCCUCCUCCUCCUCCUCCUCCUCCUCCGGCGAGCCCUUCGCCGUCCCAGUGCGGGGACUACUCCUACUGCCCAGCGGACGAGACCUGCUGCUGCAUCCUUGAUCUCGGCAGCUACUGCCUCAUCUACGGCUGCUGUUCUUACGAGAACGCCAUCUGCUGCGCCGGCACGAGCUACUGCUGUCCUCAGGACUACCCGAUCUGCGACGUACCAGAUGGCCUCUGUCUCCAGGUCUCGAUCAUCUUUCUCUCUCUCUCCCCCCCCCCCCCCGCGGCAGUGAAGCCUGCAAGUUCUUGCAGUUUCUCAUGCCUGUGGUCUUCUUCUGGUCUCUUCCUCCUCGCAGAACGCAGGAGACGUCGUGGGGGUGGCGGCGAAGCGGCGGACGCUGGCCAAGCACCGAUUCCCGUGGACGAUAACCAGCGGCGCCGCCGGACGGCACAGGCCAUUGCUGUGGAAGGGAGAUGGAUUUGCGGCCCAACGUUGAAGAUGACGGAAACCCCUUUCCGGGUUUCGAUCACGAAUAAAUGA